AUGGCAACUGCAAAUAAUAAAAUACAAUGUUUUGUGUGUAACACAGAAAAAAAUACAUACAAUUGUAAAGGAUGUUCAAAUGAGUUCUGUUUUCCUCAUUUAACAGAACAUCGACAAGUUGUUGACAAACAGUUAGAUGAAAUUAUUAAUGGUCAUGGUCAACUUCAACAAACAAUUAUUCAACAAAAACAAAAUUCACACAAUUCUUCUUUAAUUGAACAAAUUAAUCAAUGGGAAACAAAUUCAGUUCAUCAAAUUCAACAAACAGCAGAAGAAUGUCGGAAAACUUUAAUAAAAUUGACACAAACGUUAAUCGAUGAUGUGGAAAAAAAGUUCAUUAAAUUAUCUGAGAAACUAAAAGAAAUCGGCGAAGAAGAUGAAUGUAAUGAAAUUGAUUUAAAUAAUUCUCAAUUAAAAUUAACACAAAUUACAGAAGAAUUUCUUCAAUCAUCAAAUACUUCAAUCAAAGAAGAUUCACAAGAAUUUAUCAAGAGAAUUUCAGUUAUUUCAUCAUUCGAUUCUUAUCAAUCAAAUCAUCCUACAACUAGCACAGCAACUAUUUUAAAGAAUUCAAUAACAACAUCAUAUAAAAAUUAUUUCCCAAUUAGCAUACCAGCUAUACCAUGGAAUCCAAUAACACCAUUGUAUAAAAUGCUAACUCAAGUUCAACCUCUAAUAAAACAACAAGAAAUUCAAACAAAAGAGAAUCAAUUUCAACAAUUUGGAAUUGCUGUUGCUGGAGGAAAUGGACAAGGCGAUAAAUUAAAUCAACUCUAUUGGCCUCAAGAGAUCUUUAUUGAUAAUGAUAAAUCAAUUUAUGUUGCUGAUUAUGAGAAUCAUCGUAUUGUUAAAUGGAAAUUGAAUUCAAAUACUGGUCAAAUCAUUGCAGGUGGAAAUCAAAAUAAUCCAUUGAAUUAUCCAAGAGAUAUAAUUUUUAAUAGUGAAAAUAAUUCUUUUAUUAUUUCUGAUAAGGGAAACAAACGAGUAAUUCGAUAUUUUGAUCAAAAUCAAACAGAUCAACAAAUUCUUGUUUCAAAUAUCGAUUGUUUUGGUAUAACAAUCGAUCAAAAUGGAUUUAUUUAUGUUUCUGAUUUUGAGAAUCAUGAAGUAAGACGAUGGAAACAAGGAGAUGUAGUUGGUGAAUUAGUUGCAGGUGGAAAUGGGAAAGGAGAUCAUCUUAAUCAACUAAAUGGACCUUCUUUUAUCUUUAUUGAUAAAGAUUAUUCUCUUUAUAUAUCAGAUCGUGAGAAUCAUCGAGUAAUGAAAUGGGAAAAAGAUGCGAAAGAAGGAAUUAUUGUUGCUGGUGGAAAUGAUUAUGGAAAUAGUCUCAAACAAUUGUCUCAUCCUCGAGGAGUGAUUGUUGAUCAUUUGGGUCAAAUCUAUGUGGCAGAUCAGGGUAAUCAUCGAGUAAUGCGUUGGUGUAAAGGGAAUGACGAAGGUGAAAUUGUUGUUGGUGGAAAUGGUAAUGGAAAUCAAUCAGAUCAAUUGAAUGGUCCUGCAGGUUUAUCAUUUGAUAAUGAAGCAAAUCUUUAUGUUGUUGAUCAAGGAAAUCAUCGAAUCCAAAAAUAUGAAAAAAUUUUAAAUUAA